AUGCUUUGGGGCAGACGCUGUUACAUUUCCCUGGCAGUUGCUGUGUCCCCGGGAGGGUUUGCUGGCCCAGGGCACGGCUGUAACUCGGCUGUAACUCUGUUUUUUUCCCUCCCUAGCUUUGCUGGCCCCAGGCUCGGCUGUAACUCUGUUUUUUCCCCUCCCUGCGCAGGGGAAUCGGCGGAGCUGCGGGAGUUGCUGCGGAACCCGCACCUGCGGCAGCUGCUGCUGGCCCUGGAGCAGGCUCGGGACAAGAGCUCCCUCCUGAGGCGGCUGAUGCAGGAGCCGCUGUUCCUGGAGUUCGCCGACUGCUGCCUGGGCAUCGUGGAGCCUCCCGAGGAGAAGGAGAACGUGCUCCCCGUCCUCCCCGAGUGAGCUGUGCUGCUGGGGCACUGCGGGUUGUGUCAUUCGUCGCGGGGAUUCGUGUUUGGUGAGGUUUGGGUGUGCUCUGCCAUGUGUCUUGGCUGCUGUGCCCGUGGGUGUCACUGCUCUGAGCUGAGGCUGGAGCUGACAAACAGGGGCAGAGCUGUGCUGGGACUUCGUUUUUUACAUCCUGGGGCUUGACCUUGGUACUCUGUGGAAUUCUUGGGCAGCCACAGGAAAUGUUGCUUCACAGUGACAAUAUUAAAUAUAUCUGCAUUGAUUUUAAUCCA